AUGUCACUUUAUACCGGUAAUUCAAAUACCAGUUUUAGUAGCUUUAGUAGCUUUAGUUCAACAAGCUCUGUAGCCACUGAGGAUAGUACUGAUGUGGUUCCAAAAAAAAUGUCAGACUGCAUCACCCUAGAAGAUUAUGAAGAAUGUGUAGAAGAAUUUAACAUUCACAGAUGCUGGGAAUGGUCGAAUGGAGAAGUAAUAAUUUAUGAACUUCCUUCUAUAUCACACGAAGUUGUUAUUGGUGCAGUUACUAGGAUGUUAUUGUACCAAUGCAAUGCUGUUGCUUUUACCGAUGCUGAGAUUAAUAGUUUAAGUGCUACUAGAAUAUGUGACAGAAACUGUGGAAUCAUUUUGUCCAAUAAAACAGCCGUAAUUGUAUCAAAUGGAUAUGAUGGAAAUGAUUUACCUUGGCCAAAUUUGGUUGUGGAAGUAACCUAUACUAAAACAUUAGCUCAUGUUGAAGAAACGUUGUGCUACUGGUUAAGUCCUGGUCUUGCCCAUGAUUGUAUUAUUGUAUCAAUCGAUCCGAUUCUCCAAGGCCAAGUACCGGUCCGUAUGAGGGUUUGGCAUUACUGUGUCUCAGCAGGUAGAGGAACGAGAAAUAUAUUUCCUCUUGUAACUACGUUUGAAUUUGGAACCCAAGAUGGCACGGGAACUGCAACAAAUAUUAAUCAAAGUCAAUGCAUCAUUAACAUAUCAUUAAGCUGUCUUUAUCAUGAGUUGAAGCUUCCUACCCAAAUCCCUCAAAAUCUUCCUGAUCCUAUUACAUUGGAUUUCUACUUUGCUCAACGUGUCAUCACAUGA